AUGUGCAAGAGCAUUAAUCCCGAUGAGGCCGUGGCGUAUGGAGCCGCUGUUCAAGCUGCAGCCUUGAGUGGGCAUGUAACCGGGAAGCUUCAAGACUUCACUCUCUUGGAUGUCACCCCUCUAUCACUUGGGUUGGAGACUAUGGAAUGUGAUAGUUCCAGGUUAUACAUGAAUGUUGUGAUUCCAAGAAACUCAAGAAUUCCGGUGAGGAAGACAAACACAUGUGAAUUCACCCUCCAUGGCAUUCCUCCGGCCCAGGGUGUUCCCAAAUUCACUGUUUACUUUGAUAUGGGACGCAAAUGGAGUUUGAGUGUCUCUGCUGAGGAUAUGUCCACUCGCCAGAAGAAAGGGAUCAAAAUCAAGCGUGACAGAACAAAGUAA